UUUUAAUAGAACGCUGUAUGUUUCUCUCUGUGUGUACAUGCAGUGAAAUGGCAGAACACAAUCAAGUCUUAAGUCUUCUCUUGAUAACAAUUCCAGUAGGCCUAUUCUUGAUACUGCCUUUGGAACAAUCUUACAGACACGCCUGUUUUGCACACGUCUUUCAAACACAGAACCAGGAAACUAUUUCAGCUCUUCAUUUCAGGUAAAACGAAGCUUAAGUGCUGUCAAACUGCUGUAUACUUUCUAUUUGUGUGUACAUUCAGUAAAAUGGCAGAAGCCAGUAUUUUAUGGGCUCACGAACAGUUCAGAUGUUCAGUCUGUCUGGAUCUACUGAAGGAUCCAGUGACCAUUCCAUGUGGACACAGUUACUGUAGGAGCUGUAUUACAGACUGCUGGAAUCAGGAUGAUCAGAAGGGAGUUUACAGCUGCCCUCAGUGCAGACAGAUCUUCAGCACAAGACCUGCUUUAGGUAAAAAUGUAGUGUUUGCUGAAAUGGUGGAGAAACUGAAGGCAGGACUCCUAUUUGCUUAUUCUGGUCAUUACGCUAGACCUGGAGAUGUGGAGUGUGAUGUCUGUACUGGGAGAAAAUAUAAAGCUGUCAAGUCAUGCCUGACGUGUCUGAACUCUUACUGUCAAAGUCACCUCGAACAACAUGAGAAUUUCUUUAAAAGUAAGAGGCACGAUUUGAUUAAAGCCACUGGACGAAUCCAGGAGAUGAUCUGCUCUCAACAUUACAGACUACAGGAGGUUUUCUGUCGUACAGACCAGCAGUGUAUCUGCAUGAAGUGUGUGAUGGACAACCACAAAAACCAUGACACUGUAUCAGCUGAAGCAGAGAGGGCUGAGAAACAGAAACAGUUGGAGGACACUCGCAGAAAGUUUCAGCAGAAAAUCGAUGAAAAAGAGAAGGAACUUCAGAAGUUGAGAGAGGCCGUGAAAACUCAUAAGCACUCUGCACAGGCAGCAGUGGAGGACAACGAGUGGAUCUUUACUGAACUGAUCCGCUCUAUUGAGAGAAGACGCUCUGAGGUGACACAGCUGAUCAGAGAUCAGGAAAAGGCUGCAGUGAGUCGAGCUGAAGGACUCUUGGAGCGACUGAAGCAGGAGAUUGAUGAUCUGAGGAGAAGAGACACUGAGCUGGAGCAGCUUUCACACACAGAAGAUCUCAUACAUUUCCUACAGAGUUUCCAGUCUCUCUCUGUCCUUCCUGGAUCUGCAGACAGUGUUACUCUCAGCUCCCACCUCUCCUUUAAUGAUGUGGGAAAAUCUGUCUCUCUGCUAAGAGAGAAACUUGAUUGUUUCUGCAAGGAAGGGUUAGAAAAUAUAUUUGGUAAAGUGACAUAUAUUGAGAUUGUAGCCACCCCUGAACCCAGCACCAGAGAAGAGUUCUUGCGAUAUUCCUUUCCUUUCUCUCUGGAUUUAAACACACCACAUAAAUACCUCCAUCUGUCUGAAGAGAAAAGAGUGGCUACUUUUAUUGGGUCUGACCAGCAGUAUCCUGAUCAUCCAGACAGAUUUGAUGUUUAUUCUCAGGUGUUGUGUAGUGAGAGUGUGUGUGGACGCUGUUACUGGGAGGUUGAGUGUAAUAAGAGCGAUAAUGUUUGUAUAUCAGUGUCAUAUAAAAGUAUCAGCCGGAAGGGAGUAGGUGCUGAGGGUGUAUUUGGAUUUAAUGAUCAGUCGUGGAGAUUGUCCUGCUCUUACUCCAGUUAUGCAUUCAGGCAUAAUAACAAUGUGGCUAAGCUCUCUGUAGUCCCCAGUUCCUCUAGAAUAGGAGUGUAUGUGGAUCACAGUGCAGGAAUUCUGUCCUUCUACAGCGUCUCUGACACAAUGACCCUCAUCCACAGAGAACAGACCACAUUCACUCAGCCACUCUAUCCUGGGUUUGGGAUAAAUCAGGACUCCACAGUGAAAUUGUGUCAUCCAUCAAUAUAGAUAUGAUAUUUAUAUUCAAAUGUAUCCAUUAAUGGUGGUAGUGUAAGGGUAGAAUAAGUAUGCAUAUGGAAAAAAAAUGACAGCAACUACACUAAUCAUAUCUGUAGGCUAUAUGGGCUUUAUGAAAUAUUUAAAUCAUUCUUCUAAUAUAGUGUAGAAUGGGGCUAAAGACCCUCCAGGAAUAAAAGGAGCAUUUUUAUUUAAUUUCCUCCCAAAACAUUUAAAAGCAACAAAGAAUUCCACAGCACUUUCCUAAACACUAUCACUAUGCACUAUCCAUGAGAUCACCUGUGCAAUGUCAUAAAGUUAGAUUUUUAGAUAAUUUGAUUUAAUAUUUGAACAUUUUAAAAUGUUGCAAAUUUAGGUAGCUAAUGAAAAUCCCUGAAAUUAUCAGAUUUAGUUUUAGACAAAAUACUUAUUUAUAAUUUUCAGUUUUGUUCAAGGUGAUUAAAUCAAAAGUGUUUUAAUAACAUUUCCAAUAAGUGAAAGGAUAGUUGGGGUAGAAAGCCCCCCUAUUGCUGGGUCCAAAGGGUUUUUUUGUUAAACAGAUUUGCCCUUAUUGAUUGAUCCAUUCACAAUGAAGAAUAAUUUGUUUAUAAAAUACUUGAAAUGUUCUAAAAUGCCAAAUGUGAUUGAAAUGAACAGAACAUGUUUAAUCCUUUUCUGAAGUGGCUGUUCUGAAUAAGUAUUAUUUUAAUUUGUUACUCAAAAAGGCAUGUUGUCUUAAAUGUACUCUACUUGCAUAAGUUGAAAAAUGUUGCCUUGUAACUUUUGCCCCUAUAUUUAACCAAUAUCAUUAUAACUUUUUACCCCAUAUGUGGGAGCCUUUUACCCCAAAUGUGAGGUAAAGGUCUCCAUUGACACGUUUAAAAAUUGAUUCAAUGAAUGUCAUUAAAACAACCUUCUGUUAUUAUUAUUAUUAUUAUUAUACACAAAAUAUUUUUUCAGUCUUGACACACUUUGUGACCAGAAAAGAAAACCUUAAGUGUGCCUUUAGCCUAGUUGUACUCUACUUCUAUUUAGUUUAACAAGUUGUUUUCCUGGAUUGCAUGUACACAAAACACUAAAUAAAAACAGUAUUUCAACAUUUUCACCAAUAAAUCAAUGGAUUUAAGUUAUGAAAGUAAAUGUCUGAAAAUAUUGUGUACUGUAUCACUCAAAAAAAUAUUUUAGCCUAUUUUUAAGAUGUAUCCAUUUCAGUUUAAUAACAAAUUUCCAUCUAAUUGAAUUGCCUAAUCUUUAACCAAAUAAAAUGUAUAAAUCUUAAAAAAUACAAGUUUUAUUAAUUACAUUUUCUUCAAGGUUGUUAUUAAAUUGAAAUGGAUACAUCUUAAAAAUAGGCUAAAAUAUUUUUUUGAGUGUAUCUAUGCACAGUGAAAAAUGUAUAAAUGUAAACUCCCAUUACAUUUAAAGAUCAUAUAUACUUUUUAGUGUAAUAUUGUUUUUAACUUCUUUGAUCUUGCCAUGUAAAUAGCGUUUGAUGCUGACAUAGCAUAAAACAAUUUAUAAUGAAUAAAUCAAAUCACAUAUUAUUUCUUGUGACCACAAGAUUGCAGUGUUCAUUAAAGAAAUAGUUCACCCAAAAAUGAAAAUUCUCUCAUCAUUUCCUCACCCUCAUGCCAUCCCAGAUGUGUAUGACUUUCUUUCUUCUGCAGAACAAAGAUUUUUAGAAGAAUAUCUCAGCUCUGUAGAUUCAUACAAUGCAAGUGAAUAGUGAUUAGGCCUAAGUCUGUAUAAACAUAAUCCUUUAGACUCCAGUUGUUUAAUCGAUGUCUUCUGAAGUGAUCCAGUUGGUUUUGGGUGAGAACAGACCAAAAUAUAUUAAUUUUUUCACUGUACAUCUUGCCAUUGCAUUCUCAAGGAACGAUCACGAUUUCAAGCUCGAUCACACUUCCUAGUGCUUGACGCAUGCGCA